UCUUUGCCACGAAUUGCAAGUUUGCAAUUCCGUCGCAUUCAAGUUUUAGCUUUCAUUUUGUGCGAAAACAUCAAUAAUAGUCGAGCCUGUAGUGCGGCCUAAGUCAUCUUGGACACCUUGAAUUCAGUAAACCCCAUGUACCGGUGAUUUUGCAACUUUUAAACCGAAAUAAACAACGCCGAAAAACGCCGGCAGGCGGAAGAGGGACAAAAAAUGACGCUGGACGUGGGCGGAGUCGCCCGGGGACUGCUCACCUGGGAAAAGCAGGAGCACCUGGUCAAACUGGCUAUUCUCAUCCUGGCAGCGGUUCUGUCAUUCGCCACACGCUUGUUUUCCGUGCUGCGAUUCGAAAGCGUUAUCCAUGAGUUCGACCCGUACUUCAACUACCGCACCACGCGGUUCCUGGCGGAGCAAGGAUUCUACAAGUUCCACAAUUGGUUCGAUGACCGCGCCUGGUAUCCUCUGGGCCGCAUCAUCGGCGGCACCAUUUAUCCCGGACUAAUGCUUACCUCGGCGGCCUUAUACCGUCUGAUGUGGCUGCUCAACGUGACCAUCGACAUCCGAAACGUGUGCGUCUUCCUGGCGCCCUUUUUCUCCUCGCUGACCACGCUGGUGACCUACGCCCUCACGAAGGAGAUCCACAGCACUGGUGCUGGUCUGGUGGCCGCCGCUUUGAUCUCCAUCGUUCCGGGAUAUAUCUCCCGAUCUGUGGCCGGGUCCUACGACAAUGAGGGCAUCGCCAUCUUCUGCAUGCUGUUCACCUACUAUUUGUGGAUCAAGGCCGUGAAGACAGGCACGAUUUUCUGGUCGACCAUGUCCGCUUUGGCCUAUUUCUAUAUGGUUUCGUCGUGGGGAGGCUAUGUCUUUCUGAUCAACUUGAUCCCGCUGCACGUGCUGGCCCUGAUGAUCACCGGACGGUUCUCGCACAGGAUUUACAUAGCCUACAGUACGCUCUACUGUGUGGGCACCAUUCUGUCAAUGCAGAUCUCUUUCGUGGGCUUCCAGCCUAUCCAGAGUUCAGAGCACAUGCUGGCAUUGGGAACCUUUGGGCUGUGCCAGAUUCACGCCUUUGUGGACUACCUGCGAUCUCGCAUUCCCAAGGAUCAUUUCGAUCUGCUCUUUAAAACGCUGGUGUCCAGUGUGUUGACCGUGCUGUUUGUUGUGGGCACCCUGCUCACACUUACCGGCAAAGUCUCGCCCUGGACUGGUAGAUUUUACUCGCUACUGGAUCCGUCCUAUGCCAAAAAUCACAUUCCAAUCAUUGCCUCGGUGUCGGAGCACCAGCCGACAUCCUGGUCGUCCUUCUACUUUGAUCUGCAGAUCCUGGUGUUUCUCUUUCCCGCCGGCCUGUAUUUCUGCUUCUCCAAGCUGACCGACUCGAACAUCUUCAUUAUUUUGUAUGGCGUCACCAGUAUUUAUUUCGCCGGUGUGAUGGUCCGUCUGAUGUUGGUCCUGGCGCCCGUAAUGUGUGUGCUAUCGGGUAUCGCCAUAUCGCAUCUGCUGGCCAAGUAUAUCAAGAGCGUGGAUGCGGGCGGAUCGGCGAAGCAGGGCGUGGAGAGUAAGCGGCAGCACAAGAAGCUGGAACAGCAGACGGGCGGCGUGAAGAGCGAGGUGGCCAUUGGAUUUGUGGGAGUCAUCACACUGAUGCUGAUCGUCUACACGCUGCACUGCACCUGGGUCACCUCGGAGGCGUACUCCUCGCCCAGCAUCGUGCUGAGUGCCCGGUCGCACGAUGGCGGCCGGAUCAUCUUCGAUGACUUCCGCGAGGCCUACUACUGGCUGCAGAUGAACACCCCGGAGGAUGCUCGCAUUAUGUCCUGGUGGGAUUAUGGUUACCAAAUCACUGCCAUGGCAAAUCGCACGAUAUUGGUGGACAACAACACUUGGAAUAACACGCAUAUAUCGCGCGUUGGCCAAGCAAUGGCCUCGUCGGAGGAGAAGGCCUACGAGAUAAUGCGCGAACUGGAUGUGGACUAUGUCCUCGUGAUAUUCGGCGGACUCACUGGCUACUCCUCGGACGAUAUCAACAAGUUCCUGUGGAUGGUGCGCAUUGGCGGCAGUACGGAUCGCGGGGCGCACAUUCGCGAAAAGGACUACUAUGCGGCCAAUGGCGAGUUCCGGGUGGACAAGGAGGGUUCACCCACUUUGCUCAACUGUUUGAUGUACAAGAUGUGCUACUAUCGCUUCGGCCAAAUGUACACGGAAGGUGGCAAGGCCCAGGGCUACGAUCGAGUUCGGGCUGCCGAGAUCGGCAACAAGGACUUCGAACUGGAUGUCCUCGAGGAGGCCUACACCACGGAACACUGGCUGGUGCGCAUCUACAAGGUGAAGGAUCUGCCGAACCGCGGCGUCUGAAGACGAGCUCAGCACCAUUCCGCUCUAUUCUGUGUUCUGUACAUUAGCUCCCUCUAUCUCUAUCUCUAUCUAUCUCGAACAUUUGGUAAUCUCUCUCUCGCUCAACGAGUAUUAAUUGCUGAUUUCCCAUGCAUUUAGUUUUACACUUGCAUCUAUUUUUUUUUUAUACUUUUACAAAUGUUCCAAGUGUACCAGAUGCGUGUUAGCUCCUUAAACAGGAAAACAGCAUGUAAGCGAAUCGAACGAAAUAUAUAUAUAUAUAAAUGUGAAAAA